UCCCUGACUGCCUGGAAGUCUGGAAAUCUGCAGAACUAACCAGGAGCUAUGAGGAAGGAGACAGCGUCCUCCAUCUCCGACUGGAAGAUGGCUCGGAAUCUACCUACCCCCUCGACCUCCGGUGCCCCCAGCUGCCCUUCCUGCGCAACCCCGACUACCUGUCGGGAGAGAACGACCUGGUGGCGCUGAGCUACCUCCAUGAGCCAGCUGUGCUGCACACGCUCCGGGCUCGCUUCCUGGAGACCAACACCAUCUACACCUACUGCGGUAUCAUCCUCGUCGCCAUCAACCCUUACAAGCAGCUGCCCAUCUACGAGGAGCCGGUUAUCUAUGCCUACAGCGGCCAGAACAUGGGUGACAUGGACCCUCACAUCUUCGCCGUGGCCGAGGACGCGUACAAGCAGAUGUCCAGGAACGACGAGAACCAGUCGCUGAUCAUCAGCGGCGAGUCAGGUGCUGGCAAGACGGCGUCGGCCAAAUAUGCCAUGCGGUACUUUGCCCUGGUCGGGGGAUCCCUGGGUGACUCCAGCAUGGAGGAGAAGGUGCUGGCCUCGAGCCCCAUCAUGGAGGCUUUUGGAAAUGCCAAGACCACCAGGAAUGACAACAGCAGCCGCUUUGGGAAAUAUGUGGAAAUCUGCUUCAGCCAUGAGUAUCGCAUUGUCGGGGCCACCAUGAAAACCUACCUGCUGGAGAAAUCCCGCCUCACCUUCCAGGCGAAAACCGAGAGGAACUACCACAUCUUCUACCAGCUGUGCGCGUCGGCCGCGCUGCCGGAGUUCCAAGGCUUGGGCCUCGGUGGGGCCGAAUCCUUCCAUUACACCAACCAGGGGCAGUGCACGCACCUUGAGGCAACUGACGAUGCUGCUGACCUGGAGAGCACACGAAACGCCUUCUCGCUAUUGGGGGUUCAUGAGUCAAGUCAGCUGGAACUGUUCAGCAUCCUGGCCUCUAUCCUGCACCUGGGCAACAUCCGGCUCCGAGCGAAGGACCGGCACGGGGAGAGCUGCUUCACUGAGCCAGACGACGAAGCCCUGGGCCUGUUCUGCACACUGCUGGGUGUGGAGACGUCCCAGGUGUCGCGCUGGCUCUGCUACCGCAAGCUGGUCACGGCCAGCGAGACCUACGUGAAGCCCAUGUCCAGGCAGCAGGCCCUGAACUCCCGCGAUGCCCUGGCCAAGCACAUCUACGGGCAGCUCUUCAAGUGGAUCGUGAGCAGGAUCAACAAGGCCCUGCGGGCGUCCUGCAGACAGCAGGCCUCCAUCGGCAUCCUGGACAUCUACGGGUUCGAGACGUUCACAGUCAACAGCUUCGAGCAGUUCUGCAUCAACUACGCCAACGAGAAGCUGCAGCAGCACUUCAACCUGCACGUCUUUAAGCUGGAGCAGGAGGAAUACAUGAAGGAGGAGAUCCCCUGGACCUUCAUCGACUUCUACGACAACCAGCCUUGCAUCGACCUCAUCGAGGCCAAGCUGGGCAUUCUGGACCUCCUGAAUGAGGAGUGCAAGAUGCCCAAGGGCAGCGACGCCAGCUGGGCUCAGAAGCUAUACGACAGGCACCUUCACCACAGCCCCCACUUCCAGAAGCCCAAGAUGUCCACAGAUGCCUUCAUUGUCCACCAUUUCGCGGGCAAGGUGGAGUAUCAGUGCGGCGGGUUCCUGGAGAAGAACCAAGACACUGUCCAUGCAGAGCUGAUAGGACUCCUCCGCGCCAGCAAGAAGUCUGCGCUGCUCGCCGAGCUCUUCCCAGAGGAGGGGGACGGCAGCAUCGCCCUACCCUCCCGCAGGUCCCAUGGGUCCAGGGUGACCGUCCGCCCCGGCAGGAGGUCUUUGCCAGCUCCUGACAAGGAGCACAGGAAACCCAUCUCCACCCAGUUCAAAGCGUCGCUGCACAAGCUCAUGGAGACCCUGAGCAGCACCGCGCCCCACUACGUGCGCUGCAUCAAACCCAACGACCGCAAGCGGCCCUUCGAGUUUGACGCCAAGCGAGCAGUCGAGCAGCUGAGAGCCUGUGGGGUCCUGGAAACCAUUCAGAUCAGCGCCUCUGGCUAUCCAUCCAGGUGGACGUACGUGGAGUUCUUCAGCAGGUACAGGGCUCUGAUGCGCCCGGAGGAGCUGAUGGGCGGUGAUGAGAGGCAGACCUGCCGGCUUGUCCUCGAGAGGCUGCUCAAGGACCCCAGCAAAUACCAGUGUGGGAAGGGCAAGAUCUUCUUCCGUGCUGGCCAGGUGGCCUUCCUGGAGGAGCUGCGUGGCAGGAGGCUGAGAGCAGCCUGCGUCUUCAUUCAGAAGAGCCUUCAUUGCUGGCUGGGGAGAAGACGCUUCUUGCGUAUGCGAGCUGCGGCCAUCUGCCUCCAGCGCUUUUCCCGGGGCUUCCUGGCCCGGAGGCUCGCCAGGCGCCUGAGGAGGACCAGCGCUGCGCUCACCCUGCAGAAGAACUUCAAGAUGGCCCUGGCCAGGCGCUCGUACCUCCGCACCCAGGCAGCAGCGGUCACCAUCCAGGCCUUCGCCCGCGGCAUGUUCGCCAGGCGCCUGCACCGCCAGAUGGUGGCAAGCCAGAAAGCUGUUGUGAUCCAGAGCGCAGUGAGGGGCUGGCUGGCUCGCACCAAGUACCUUCGGGUGCGCAGGUCGGUGGUCUAUCUGCAGUGCUGCUGCCGGCGCAUGCGGGCUCGCAGGGAGCUGAGACGGCUCCGGGUCGAGGCACGGUCGGUGGAGCACUACAAACAGCUCAACAAAGGCAUGGAGAUCAAAGUGAUGCAGCUGCAGUGCAAAGUGGAUGAGCAGGCCAGGGAGAACCGGAGCCUCUCGGAGCAGCUGUCGGCACUGAGAGCCUCCCACAGCGAGGAGGUGGAGCGGCUGCGCAGCGAGCUGCGGGGGCUGCGGGAGGACAAGGCGCAGGAGACGCGCAUCCGGGAGCUGCAGGAGCAGCUGCAGCGUGUGGAGUCGGAGAAGAGCAGCUCGGAAGGCAGGCUGGGCCGGGAGAUGGAGGAGCUGAAACAGCGCCUGACUGAGCUAGAAGCCAUGAAAUCCAAUCUGAAGGAAGAGAAGGACGCUCUAAACCAGCGGAUCAUGGAGCAGUCGCAGGAGCUGGAAGACCAGCUGCGCCGGCGCGUGGCAGCGGAGAGCCAGGAGCUGCUGUGCCAGCUGGAGGGGGAGAGGGCUCGCUACCAGAGCCUGGUGAAAGAGUGUGCCCGCCUGGAGCAGUGCUGCGAGAACCUGCAGGACGAAGUGGCCUUCCACAAGCGAACCCCCAGCCUCCAAAGGUCCCCUUCAUCUGACAGCAUCCUGGACUCUGAAUGCAGCUACCCGUCGUCUCUGUCGACGGCGCCGUCCCGGGAUGAUGCCGACCAGCAGAGCGAGUCCCCAUCUCAGCCCCUGGACCAGGAGAGGGGCCGCUGGAGGCAGAGGCACGGGUGGAGGAGGAUCAGAUCCGACAGCCCUCCCUCCUCGCUGGAUGACGAUGAUGGCCAGGACCCCUACGAGAAGGCUUAUCUCCUCCUCCUGGGACAGCUCAACGUGGUCACCGAGGACCUGGCCAGGACCCGCGAGGAGCUGCGCAGGGCCAAGGUUCAGCUGGCUCACGAGAGGAAGCCAUUUGAGAUCUUCAAGCGCCGGAACAUUGCAGAGAUCCUGGGGUUGAACAAGAGCCCAGAGAAGAUGACUGAGGAAGACUCGAUGAUGGAGGAAGACUUGAAAUACGCGUAUGAUGCCGUCCGGGUUUCCAAUAAGCUACUGGAGAGCCAGCUGCAGGAGCAGCAGCAGCAGCACGAGCAGGAGCUGGAAAGUCUCCGCCUGGACGUCUGCUCCCUGAGGCAGCUGAGCACGCAGCAGCAGAGCCGGAUCCAGGACCUGCAGCUGCGUCAGGGGGAAGACGGGCUCCAGCCCCAGAUCGUCCAGCUGAAGCGAGAGAACCUGGAUCUGGCAGGGCAGCUGGACACCAGGGGGAAGAACCUGCUCAAGCUUCGAAAGCAGCUGAAAACCUCCGUGAAGCAAAUCCAGGAUCUCACAGCAAGCAGAGAGGCCCAGUUGCUGGAGCAGAAGGUGAAGGUGGAAGAGAUGGAAAGGCCCCUUGAUGAUGCUUUUGAGGGCAUGUUGGGGUGCAAAGCAGAGGAUGAAGGGCGCCUCAUCAGGACCAUCAUCACAGAUUUCAAACCGCAGCACAGCCCCGGUGCCGUCCCCGGGCUGCCGGCCUACGUCCUGUUCAUGUGCUUCCGGCAUGCGGACGCCAGCCACGACGAGCACCGGAUCCACUCGCUCUUCACCGCCGCCGUCAGUGGCAUCAAGCGGGUGGUGAAGAAGCACAGCGAGGACUUCGACGUGGUGGCGCUCUGGCUCGCCAACACCUGCUGCCUCAUCAACUGCCUGAGACAGUACGGCGGGGACCAGAGCUACCGGCUGGCCAACACCCCCAAGCAGAACCAGCACUGCCUGAGGAACUUCGACCUCGCCAGCCACUGCCAGAGCCUGGGGGACCUGGCCAUCCAGAUCUACCAGCAGCUGAUCCGCGUGGCCCAGAAACAACUGAAGCCCAUGAUUGUGGCCGCCAUGCUGGAGAGCGAGACCAUCCAGGGCUUGUCGGCCAGGCCCCCCGGUUACCGCAAGCAGCCGGCGGCUCCCGCCUACACGCUGGACUCACUCCUCCAGCAACUCAGCUCCUUCCACGAGGCGCUGGAGAGGCACCAGCUGGAGCCCGUGGUCGUGGGCCAGGCCUUCCGGCAGCUCCUCUUCACCGUCAGCGGCGUGGCCCUCAACUACCUGCUCCUCAGGAGAGACGCCUGUUCCUGGAGUCAGGGAGUCCAGCUCAGGUACAAUGUGAGCCAACUGGAGGAGUGGCUGCGGGCCAAGGGCCUCCAGCAGAGCGGAGCCAUGGAGGUCCUGCGGCCCCUCAUCCAGGCCGCCCAGCUGCUGCAGGUGAAGAAGACGACAGAGGAAGAUGCCGAGGCCAUCUGCUGCCUGUGCACGGCGCUGUCCACUCCGCAGAUCAUGAAGAUCCUGCGGGCCUACACCCCCGCCGCCGGGCUGGAGGAGCGCGUCCGCCCCAGCUUCAUAAGCAGUGUCGAGAACCGACUGGCGGACCGAACUCCAGCCGGCCCCCGUCAGCUGCUGGUGGACACGGCUCACCUGUUCCCUGUGCACCUGCCCUUCUCCUGCUCUCCCAUGCAGCUGGAUGAGCUCCGCAUCCCUGACAGUGUUAACCUGACGUUCCUGACCCGGCUCUGAGCGACGCCGCGGCGAUGCUCCCGGGGAAGAUGCAGUCUCACAACCGUGCAUGCGGCAGCCCGGGCUGCAGGGUACUGGCUGCCGUGCCCUAGAAAUGCCAGUGGUUCAGGCUGAAAUUUCAGGGUGCAGGCAUGAAGCUGCUGCACCGAAAGGACGGCUCCAAAGGGCUCCAGAAACGGCCCCUUCUUAAAAUUCAGAACUCUGGCAGGAAUUUCCUUUCGGCAAUGUCCACUUGCCCAGCUCUGCCGCAUGCCUGGCGCAUCCCUCCCCCCUCGGGAAAUGCUGUGCAGGAGGAUAAAGGGGCCUCCCUCACACGCCAGAGCCGAGCGGGGCAACGCGGGGCGCCCGUGCUGUGGGCUGCGCGAUCACUGACUGACCCAGCUCCCCUGGGACUGCAGCGCUCCCUGGCGGGGGGCGGGUUUACUGACUUAGGGCAGCAUCUGAGCACCUGGGAGCAGGUUUAAAAGCAGAUCCUGAGUGUGGCUGGCUGGGCAGGGAGUCCCCGUUGCUGCUGAGUGUGGCUGGCUGGGCAGGGAGUCCCCGUUGCUGCUGAGUGGGGAAGCAGCUGCCAGGUGGAGCCAGGUUAGGGGCUUGUCCCCGUUGCUGCAGGAGGCUGCUUGGCCCAGGACCCACUGGGCAUCCAGGGGUGUCUCUGGGGAAUGCUGUUCCUGGCCCCUCAGCUGCUAGGGCACGGGGGAGAGAAGCCUGGCCUGGGGGCUGCCUGCCCAGCAGCUGGGGGUGGGAGGUGAGCUCUCUUCAUGCCUGUGUUCAGUGAAACGCUUGUUUUUAAAUUGUGUGAAAUGAAUAAAAGUCUCUUUAAUAAUAA